AUGGAAAUUUACGACUCCCAGUUGCUGCAGACAUCGAGAACCCACUCUCGCGGGGCCGUCAAUGUUGCAGACAGCCUCUGGUCUCAGCUUACUGGGAUAUUACCUUCACUGACGAGGGGUCUUGUGUCGCGUCUUGCGAAGGACAAUGUUCUAAGGGCACUGAGCAACAUCACGGAGGGGGAAAUUGAGGUCGUUACCCAGGAAGAAUCCUUCACAUUUGGCGCACCUUCUGCAGUAGACGAGGCCCUCUCCGUGAAGCUGGUAGUGAAAAACGAUGCGUUCUGGACGAGGAUCGCGCUGUUCACCGAUCUUGGCUUAGCGGAGAGCUAUAUGUGCGGUGAUGUCGAUUGCGAGGACAUCUCUUGUCUCAUCAGAAUAAUAAUAGCGAACCGCCAGAAGUUGGACCAUCUCAAUAGCUUUGCGUCCUCGCUACUCUUGAUUGGUCGCCGUUUGACGGCGUACAAGUUCCUUGGGGACUUAGCGACAUCUCCGGCCAAUAUUUCCGCCCACUAUGAUUUAGGUAACGCCUUGUUUGAAGCAUUUCUCAGCGAAGACAUGAACUAUUCGUCGGCCAUCUUCCGGGACUUCGGUGAGGAUCUAGGGCCAGUGCGUGCGCAGCCUCUAGAGUCCCUUGAAUCCGCACAAUUGCGUAAGAUGCGGCUCAUUCUCCGUCAACUGAAAAUCCAGCCUGGAGAUCGAGUGCUCGAGUUUGGUACUGGGUGGGGCGCUCUCGCCAUACUUGCAGCCGAGACCGUGGACUGCACGAUAGAUACGAUCACGCUGUCAACCGAACAGGCGGAGCUUUCCGCGCAGCUUGUCGCGGAGAAGGGACUGUCGGACCGCGUGCGCGUGCACUACAUGGACUUCCGCGAGUGUCGCGACAAGCCCGAGUGGCAGGGCGCGUUCGACAAGUUCUUCAGCAUUGAGAUGGUCGACCACGUCGACAAGCAAUUCAUCCCUGAGUUCUGGAGCGUCGUCGACUGGGCACUCAAGCCACGCACUGGCGUUGGCGUGGUGCAGGUUAUCAGUAUGCCUGAAGCGCGGAUACCGGUGUAUGAUAAAUCGGGGCUAGAUUUUAUUCAGAAAUGGAGUACGUUUGCUACUUUCAAAGUCUUCCCUGGAUGUUACAUCCCUAGUCUAUGCUACAUGAUCGAUACUAUGACAGAGGGCUCUGAGGGAAGGCUUACGACCGACUCUGUCACCAAUAUCGGGCCACACUAUGCAAGGACGCUGCGCGAGUGGAAGCGCAAAUUCCUGGCGAAUUGGAAGGACAUUGCAAAGGAGCUCAUGGACAGAUAUAAUCUGGACGCCCGGGGACAGGAAAUAUUCAAGCGAAAGUGGAUAUACUAUUUCGACUACUGCGAAGCCGGCUUCCGAGCCCGCAGCUUGGGCGACCACGUCAUUACAUUCACGCGCGAAGCCAAUUCCCAAUUUGGCUGCGAUCUCAACCCGGACUUCUAG